CUUACAAGGCCCGAGAGAGAAGUUGGAUCGGCUAGGCUAAGCAGGGGAGCCCAGCCCGUUAGGCCCAAAGGGGCAGCAGUGGAGUCGGCCCACUCAUUAAAGAGGAGCACCAGGCCAAGUGGGGCCCAGACUCUGACACGGGGCGCAUAUGACAAAGGGUCGCAACGGGUAAGAAGGUACGGAAGGGGGACCAUCUGACGUCAUGCGCC